AUGCGGCCACCAUCGGUACAACCAUCUUCGAAGGCGCGUGGCUAUCCUUUCAGUGAUCCCAAUUACGCCCCUCUUCCAUUGAGACCUCCUACUGUUACCACGUUUGGGUCUGAUAAGAGUAGUGGGGCAUAUAGUCAACAGAGCACUGCUCGUAUAAUGUCGCCGAUGCUUACCGAGAAUAUUACACCACAGCACUAUGAUAAAACGAAAGAAGUCGCUUCAUGGCAGCAAAAUGGUGGUGCUUACAAUGCACAUUCAGGAGUGAUAUCGCCCAGUUCGACAGUUCCUUCGUCCAUCGUAUCUCCUCAGAAAUCUACUGACGAUGGAGUUGGUUAUGAAGAGUUUCGAGCUGCGUUAUCAAGUGUUGUCGAUCGAAGUGAUCCACGCGCAGACCUAGCCGAUUUCAAAGUGGUAGGCGAAGGAUCGACGGGUACUGUGUUAGCGGCAUAUAAGUUGUCGUCCAAACAAAUAGUCGCUGUGAAGCGGAUGAAUUUGAGAAAGCAGCAGAGACGAGAGUUACUGUUUAAUGAAGUUUCAAUCAUGAGAGACUAUCAACACGCGAACAUUGUGCGAAUGUAUUCCUCACAUAUUGUUGGCGAUGAGUUAUGGGUGGUCAUGGAGUACAUGGAAGGAGGCUCGUUAACUGACAUCGUCACGCAAACUAGGAUGACCGAGCCACAAAUUGCCACUGUUGCACUGCAAGUGUUGAGAGCGCUCGAGUUUCUUCAUUCACGCCGUGUAAUCCAUAGGGAUAUCAAAAGUGAUUCAAUUCUUCUCAAGGCUGAUGGGACUGUCAAGGUAGAAACUGAAAAAAAACUUGCUCUAUUGUUCUCUUACAUGUUUGAUGUAUCUUCACUAGGACGAAUUUUUUCCUCGCAGGUCUCGGACUUCGGCUUCUGUGGGCAGCUUUCUGAUGAGUUUCCACGCCGCAGGUCCUUGGUAGGGACUCCAUAUUGGACAGCUGCCGAAGUGAUUGCUCGGCAACCAUACGAUACUGGUGCAGAUAUCUGGUCAUUUGGAAUUAUGCUUAUAGAAAUGGUCGAGGGUGAACCACCUCUCUUUAAUGAGCAACCGUUCCAGGCGAUGAAAAUGAUCCGAGACGAGCCUGCGCCAAAGUUUAAUCCAACAGCCAAUGUUUCUCCUGAGUUAGCUCACAUGCUUAGUCGUUGUCUCGUGAAGGAUCCUUCACAGAGGGCCACUGCAAGCGAACUGCUGCGACAUCCGCUGUUGACCAAGGCGCAACAUCCUAGUUGCAUCGCUCAUUUGAUUAAUAAUAAUAAUGUAAAUAGAAAUUAA